AGGAAGCACAAACCGCGAUGUUUUGAAACUGUUCACAGUUUGACAAUUUUCAGAUGAAUACACACUGUGUUCAGCGAAAUCCGUAUUAAAUUAGUUUUAUUUCUUGUUUAACUGUAUAAGAAGUAUCUAACAUUCAUUGUACAAACCGACUGUAAUUAAUUAUUUGAAAAGCGAGAUUAACUAGUGAGCUAACUAACUAGCUAGCCAGUUGUCUGGGAAACGGAAACGCGCAAACUAAAGACGCAGGAUGUGACUCAUGAGCCAACAAUUUCAACUUUAGAAACUUUUAUCUUGGUGACCAUGCUGCGGUCUGCCAGAGAUAAAGACGGCCAGUCUUUAGACAUUUAUUCUGAUGAUGAAGACAGUGCUGCAUUAGCAGGAGGAAAAAACAUGUCGGGUGAAAUAAAUACAGCUUCACGUGAGAGCAGCGAGAUCCGCAGGGCAACGCCUGGGCGGCAACCCGAACGGCGGCAGCGAUACUGGAAAGACACACACCUGUGGCCCGCUCGUAUAGCCUCUGUGCUAUGCAGCGUAGUCAUCGUAUCAUUUAUCGCUGUGCUAAUCUCUUUCUUGUACAUCGUAUUAAAAGAUCUAAGAGUAGAGAGAAUAACCACUGAAGAUGGAUCAGAAGUGAGACUUCUGGGUUUUUGGAGUAUUUUGGUCCUGUCUUCUGUAGCUGGAGUUCUUUGUUGCAGCUUCUCCUGGACCCUAACCUACUUUGACUCUUUUGAGCCAGGAAUGUUUCCCCCAACUCCUCUUUCUUCAGCCAGACUCAAAAGAAUGACCGGACACUCCUUCCACAUGGGCUACAGUAUGGCUAUACUCAACGGCAUAGUGGCUGCGCUCACUCUUAUAUGGUACCUCACCUAAUGCGACUCGACUACCGCCCAUCUGUGGACACCUCAACUGUCAUUUAACUUGCAAUUACCAGGAGGCAAUUCCAAGUUUAAAUAGUUAACCCCAAAAUGAAAAUUUGCUCACCCUCAGAGUAGAUUUGGAGAAACUUGCUUACCAGUGGAUCCUCUGCUGUGAAUAAGUGGUGUCAUUUUCACUUUUGAGUGAACUGUUGCUGCAAUGGCAGGAAGAGCUGUCAUUAUGUUAAUAUAACUACAGAUAAAACUUUUUAACAAAAAAUAAGCACAAAAACAAACAAAAAAGUUACUAGUUACAAAUUAAUUGCAUUACAUUUUCUCAUACACUGAAUAACAAGUUAUACAAUAAGGACAGUGUUUUAUUUUUUAGAGGAUUUCUCAUAUUUACAUAUAUGCUAAUUUGACAAAUUCAAUAGACAAUGCACAACGCACAAUGACUUUUUCUUAAUGGACUACAUUUCAGAAUAUUUAACAUUAGUGAAGUCAGGUUCUUUUUGUUACUCAGUUAUUAUGUCAUAUAAAAGGCUUUUAUUACAGAAUCCUGUGCCCAAACAGCUUUUUACCAUUAUAAUAGUAGUGCAUUGAAUCUGCUUUUUGCCCUUUUGAUGUCAUUAAUUGUCAGUGUGGCAACACAUAGAUGCUGUUUAAGUCUUUCUCAAUAAAUUGGAUUUGCAUUUUAGGACCUCCACUCGCAAAGACUACAGUCCCUUUGCAGUCGUGCUUUAUUAAAGCUGGAAGUUGCUGCUCUAUUGAGCGUUUUAAUGGGGGAAAUCAUUAAUACAAUAGCUGUUUUGGGGUUGAUGGAGAGUGACCGUGUUAAAGCUUUGUUGAGAGCCUGGGAGAAGGUCAGAGAGUGUAGAAGUGUGGAUUUAAUUUAUGACUUUAAUUAUUUGAUGCAGACUCUGCCAGGCCAUGAUUACUUUUUUUCUUCUUCAUUAGAUUAGCAGGCCCUGUAGCGACUCAUUUCAGCUAGCGCUAAUGCACUGGUCUGUCUCGUAUAUAUGGAGUAUUAAUGUACUACCGGCCACCUCGUAUGUGUGUUCUUUUUGUAUCUGUGGCAACGGGCUCCUAUAAUUUGUUUUCCUUUACAGGACAUUUCCAUCUCCAUUUUUAGUGAACGUUAAUUCUGGUUUGUUGAGAUUUUGCUAUUUGCAAAAGUAGUUUACCCAUCUCAAAACCUGUUGCUCUUAGAUUUAGAUAGUUGAAGGUAAAAGCGAGUUUUUUUUUUUUUUU